UUUCACGGUCUAAGGCGCCUGGCCGUCGAGCACGAUGGCUGCGGUCGGCCCGAGGACGCGACGCACCUUGGCGGCCGUCCGGGGGAAUCGCUGGGUGAAGGGCGCGUCAUGAGGGACACCUGCUGCUGGCGCCUCGCUGGUACGGAUGGUGACGUGGACUGCAUGCAGACAACAGCCGACGACACGACAGCAUGAGCAUAUGCUGUGAAUAUAUGUCGAUGAAUGCGUACCGUCCUGGUUGUUGCCUGGUUGGAUGAUGAAGAAAAUCCAUGAGAUGAAUGGGUCGUCUGAUGACGUCAGCCGAUGCGCCUGCCCACACCACCCACUGGCACACUCGUAUGCCAUCACGUGUGAGCAUCCGUUGAGGGGCGCGUGCUGCGAUUGGGUCAUGAUGCGGUCGAGGUGGCCACCCCGCACACUCCUGACACACACAUCAAUAACGCACCACAUAGCCAUUCGCCCUCUCAUUGGGUGCCGUCCAUCCACUCACCGGUCAACCACCACUGUUGUUGGUGAGUCGAUGAAGCCGCCCACAGCCAACAGCCGGUGACGCAGCACCAGACGCUUCAGCAUGGAACUCGCCGAUGCGUAAACAAGCCCGUUGUUGGCGCCAACCGUCGCCCAGCCCACACCGUUCUGCCACACAAGGCAGCUGCGGACGGGCGGGUCGUGUGUCUUGGCGUGGUGGGUGAACGGGUGCUGCGAGAAGGGAUGGACGGGGCGGCUGGGGAGGGGGAGGGGCGGGUUGAGUGUGAUGGUGAAGUUGGGCUCGUUGCGGAUGAUCCGGACCUCGUUGUUGUUGUGGCGGAACAGCUCGAGUGUGCCGUCAUGCUGGCCGGUGGGGCGGCGGAGGGCCACAUAGCGACCGACGAGCAUCCACUGAGCACAGAAACGGGGCAGCGCCAAGAAGUCCUGCAUCCAACAGCUCACAUCCAGCGGCUCUCCCAUUGCCUCUUCUGUGUGUCGUGCUUACCGCCUUGGUGGCGUGUGUCUGCAGAUCUGCAGCACCCACAGUGACCGGCAGCUGGCAGUAGCCGCAGUGCUCGGCGACGCUGAGUGUGUCGCCCACCUCCCCCCAGCCGCCCUCGCCCCCCUCCUCCAUCACCCACAUGGCCUUCAUCACAUCGCCGUGGCUCAGCUGAUCGUCGAACUGCACCACCCCGCCCACCCUCGCCCGCUCGAUGGCCUUCGGCAGCCGAAGGCGGCGGACGAUCGGCCGGAGGGCAUUUCUGAUGGGCCGGGCUGUCGACUUGAGGUUGGAGACGGUGGUGAGGUCAGACAGUGCCAGGAUGACGCUCAUGGGACUGGCGGGAAUGUCAGAGAUAUGCAACAGUCGCGCCUGAUGACACACACACAGAAGGACAUGCACCACACACGCAUAAGAGGUGCACACCACAUCAGUUUGUGUCUUGUGUUUGUGCCUGUGGUCAGUCACUCCCCCACCUGUGUGCGGCUAUGUCGUGUGAGUGCGAUGGUCGAGUUGAUGGUGUCUGCCAACUCGGCCAGCAGGUCGGACACCGCAGCAAAUUGACGACUCACCUUGGCCACCAUCUGACGAAUGAAUCAACACGAUGAGAGCAACGCCAAGCAAAGCAGACUCGACAGACACAGAGAGAGCUCCGUGGUGUGUGGUGUGUUUGGCAGCCUGCCGCACCAGUGGUGCCAUCGCAGCUGCUGCGGUGUCCAUCCACAGGAGUUGGUCGAUGCAGCUGUUGACCUGCACACGCACACCGCACACACACAAGCAAGCAGCCGAUGAGCUUUGGAUGCACUGACUGCAUGGAAUGGAUGAGGUGGUUGGUGUGUUGGUUAGCUGGCUACCUGAGCCUGCUUCAGCCGAUAGACUUGUACCCGGGGCAGCAGCUGCUCCCGUAUCGCUGUCAUCGUCUGCAGAGAUUCGCAUGACAAAGCCACAGACAAACAUGCCAUGGAUCAGAUCACGCGCUUUGCUCAGGGGGGGGAACUGUCAUUAACCGUAACACUCGUCUGUGUGUCCGUGAUACUCAUACAAAUACAGUCCCAUCAGCACGCAGACUCAAACAGGCUCAAGGGGAGGAGGGAUCAAUUUCCGCCCCAUCAGCACACCCCAGUCCCGCAAACCCUCCCCUCCCUCCCCCACGCAGACAGAAGCUAGUCGCACGCGCGAGGGCGAUAGACAAGCGAGAGCGAAUCCAUCCAGACACAUGACUGAACCCCCGACCCUUCCACCCCUCCUUCUCCAACAGCGCAUGAGCCAUGUGGGCGAUGAACACGUUGGCAUCGUGUCCCCACACACCGUCACACGUCACCACCAGAGGGCAGAAGGUCACGCGGGAGUCGCAGACGGCCGAGCGGUAUUUCUUCUUCUUGGCGGUCUCGUGCUGCUUCAGGAUGGACUUAGUCGAUCGGUUCUUGGAAGCGUAAGACGUUGCGUCAGGAUCCGUAAUACAGAUGUCAAACGACGCAGCCGCCUGCCGCUCCCACACGCCCCGAGCGACGAUGUCCGCCCUGACCCCACCCUCCCCCUCCUCUCCCUCCUUCAACACCACCUCCCGACGCACACCGCGCUUUGCUCAUGCUUUGCUUGGCCUGCAGGCUUCUAUUCCCUCACCCGAGUGGUGACGCCGUCCAUCCUCAAGGUGUCUGAAUCAAACUGAUUGAUGCUUGGAUGCUUCAACAGGCUUUGCUCGUCUCCGUCAGUCAUCACACUGGGAGCAUUCCCGCCAUUAAAUUCGACGCUGCUUUGAUGCAAUGAGCUCAGGAUCUGUCGCCCAUCGUGAUUGCAUAGCUCACGCCAGGAGAAAC